AACUCGGCGGAUUGGCUGCGCCGCUGCGGACCCGAGCGAAGGGGCGGGGCGGCCGUUGCCAGAGAAGCUGCUUGCUGGUUACCAACUCGAAUUCGCCUGCGUCUGGAGUCGCGUCCUUGCCUGCCUUCCUAGCUUUCAUCCACUGCACUGCCCCCCGCAUCCUGCUCCCUGCUGGCCCACCCAGGGCUGGAGAGCACAGGUUUCAGCUUAUGUGGAGAACUUGCUGUGGAAGCCACCUAUAAAUCCAUUUAAUUUAUGGAGGAGACUGCAAGUGAUGGAAGUCAUUCAGAAGAACUCUUUUCCCAUUUUGAAAGUAGAUCAGAAAAAGAACAUUUACCACAGGAUGCCAGUGAAAGUCAUCUCAGCUGCCUAAAGCAGGACAUCCAAAAUGAGAAGACCGAAUUGGAAGCAUUAUUUAAGGAAGCCGAGUUAGCAACUUGUUCUGCAGAAUUACUUCUGCCAUUAUUUAAGGACACCAUUGAAGAGAUUAGUUUUGAAAAUGCUAACUUUUCUGCAUCCAAUUUGAAGAUUUCUAAACAGAUGGAAAUAUUAACAAUAGAAUUAGACACUAAAUGUGUAAAACAAACUUUAGAACAUCUUCUUAGAAAGACAGAAUACCAACAAAGAGGGGAAAGUUUAUCCAACUUGUUAGAGAAACUAACUGAUAAUGAAAGUGAAAACAUUAAUCUUAAGAACAAAGUACUUGAAAAGGAGACCUAUAUCCAAGAACUUUCUUCUUUGUUUCAGAAUGAAAAGGCAAAUGCUUUGAAAGCAAGCCGUUUUUCACAAUCAGUGAAAGUAGUACAUGAACGACUGCAGUCCCAAAUUCAUAAAAAGGAAGCAGAGAAUGAUAAAUUAAAAGAACACAUAAAGAGCUUAGAAACCCAAAUAUCAGAAUGGAAUUUGCAGUUGAAAAAGAGUAAGUAUGAGGCUGUAGCAAUGAAAGAAUCAAGUAGGCAAAAAACUAUUGCUCUGAAAAAGGCAUCCAAAAUUUACAAACAAAGGAUUGAACAUUUUACUGGAGACAUGGAAAACCUUACUUCCCAAAUUAGAGAGCAGGAAGCCAAGUUGUCUGAAACAGUUUCAGCUUCCAAUGCCUGGAAAAGUCAUUAUGAGAAAAUUGUAAUAGAGAAAACCGAGUUGGAAGUUCAGAUUGAAACAAUGAAAAAGCAAAUCAUUAAUCUUUUGGAAGAUCUGAAGAAAAUGGAAGAGCAUGGAAAAAUUUCAUGUGAAGAAAUUCUUAGAAAACUUCACUCAAUUGAAUAUGAAAAUGAAACUCUGAAUCUUGAGAAUACAAAAUUAAAGAGUACACUUGCUGCUUUGAAGGAUGAGAUUGCCUCUGUUGAAAAUGAACUCUUAGAAUUGCAAGAAGUAGAAAAACAACAGAAAACCCUUAUUGAAGUUUAUAAAACUCAGAUACAAAAGGUGCAAGAAGCAGCUGAAAUAGUAAAAAGCAGAUGCAAAAAUUUGCUUCAAGAAAAUAGCCUAAUAACAAAAAACAAAAAUAAAAAAUUAAAAAAGAUGAGAGGCCAGAUGGAGUCUCAUCUGAAGGAGUUAGAACGAGUCCGCGAUUCCUUGACAGCGGUGGAACAGAGGCUUCAGGAGUGUCAGGAGAGCCUGCAGCACCACAAGGGGAGGUGUGCAGACCAGGCGCACACCGUUAGGGAGCUUCAGGGCCAGGUUGAUGAAAAUCAUAAUCUUCUGACAAAGCUUUCCCUGGAAGAAGAAAAUUAUCUUAUUCAGUUAAAGUGUGAAAACCUUAAACAAAAAUUAGAACAGAUGGAUGCGGAAAAUAAAGAGCUUGAAAAGAAGCUGGCAAACCAAGAAGAAUGUCUUAAGCACAGCAAUCUUAAGUUUAAAGAGAAAUCUGCAGAAUAUACAGCACUGGCCAGACAGCUGGAAGCUGCUUUAGAAGAAGGAAGACAAAAGGUUUCUGAAGAAAUAGAGAAAAUGUCAUCUAGAGAAAGGGCUUUACAAGUCAAAAUAGUAGAUCUGGAAAAUGAGCUUAGAAAGAAAAAUGAAGAACAAAAUCAACUUGUUUGCAAAAUGAACAGUAAAGCACAACAUCAGGAAGUAUGUUUGAAAGAAAUACAACAUAGUCUUGAAAAGUCAGAGAAUCAAAAUGAGAGUAUUAAGAAUUAUUUACAGUUUCUUAAAACCUCUUAUGUAACAAUGUUUGGAUAAAUUUUUGGCUUUACUUUCUAUAAACAAUAGAUUUUUACUAUGAGUAAAAUGUAAUUAGGUAAAAAUUAAAUAUGUUAUCUAUUGCUGUACUUUAUGAGUGGUGCUAUUAGGCUUUUAUGUAAAGAUUUUUGAAACAUAAUUUAUUAUCCAAUUGAAAUUUUAAAACAAGAUACAUGUUAGUAUUCCUUUUUUGCUGGGUAGUUUUCACUUAACUCUGGAUUAAUAUCUAUUUAAUUUAUUUUGGUUUUUAGAAUAUUUUAUACACAGAAAAGAAGCUAGAAUCAUUCUUUGUGGCUCUAGCCACCAUUCAAAUGAAUUUGUAAUAAACUUUGCCCCAUUAUGAGCCAAAUACAUGAUUUUAAAUAAUGUAUGUAAUUGUUUUACAUUAUAGUCCUAUAUGUAUAUAUAUUAAUAUAAUAAAAUAAAAUACUUUGAAUAUUAUUUUUAAUAAUAUAUUUGCAUACUUUCUAAAGUUGCCAAAUGUCUCAGUGUACUUAAUAUUGUUUCAAAUAUAUGCUAAAAUGCCAUUAUAAUUCCUGUGAGGUUUUAAAUAUAGAAUUCUAAGUCAUGGCUUCAUUAAAUGUCAACUGACAGUGACAGAUGAAAACUGUCAUGACGUUGGCAUGCAUUGUUCCUUUAUAAAGAAUAGGUCUUUAGUCUCUCCUGUGAAUUUAUAGUCUUUUUUUUGUUCAUCUUAUGUUAGUGAUUGAUAUUAUUAGUGUAGACAUUCUGAAACCCCUGAGUUCACUGAGAGAUUAAAGAGGACUGAUUUUUCCUACCCCUUCCCAUGGCCAACUCACAUGGGAUGAUCAAAAUAAACACUCUUAAUACCA